GCGCUGACUGAAUCCUCUGUAAGGUAACACCGUUCCCAAGGAUCCCCGGGGAUCUCGGGGCUGCACAUGUAGGUUAACGUGUCUCUGGGUUUAUCUGUUCGCUGAAGGAGUGUUGACAGCAAGAGAGAGAUAAAGAGAUCAACAGGAAGUUGUGUAUUUAUACAAAUUCCUCCUAAAGCUGUGAUCAGAUCAACUUCAAAUUCGACUCCGUUCAUGCUCGAGACCUCGGUUCAUCCCUGACCGUCUCACAACCUGCGUAAACACACAGAGGUCACACACACAACUGACGCAGCCAGACAUUUAACUGGCCUGAGCAACGGGCAAGAAGCAGCAGCAGACAAGUUCGCAGAAGGGGCCGCCAUGUUGAUCAUCUUAGCCUUCAUCAUCCUCUUCCACCUGGCGGCAGCCGUCCUGGUCUUUGUCGCAACCAUUCACAAUGCGUGGUGGGUGGUGUCGCCAGCUGGACGAGACGUCAUCUACACUGACCUGUGGUACUCCUGCAACGCCACCUGCUUCCCCGUGGAGAACAGCCACACGACUGAUGCAGCCUACCUGCAGGCCGUCCAGGCCACCAUGAUCCUGGCCACCAUUUUAUGUUGCGUCAGCUUCUUCGUCUUCAUCCUUCAGCUCUUCAGGAUCCAACAGGGCGAGAGAUUCAUCUUCACAGCUGUUAUCCAACUUCUGGCCUCUCUAUGUGUGAUGAUCGCCGCGUCCAUCUACACGGCUCAGAAAAAGACCUUCCACGUGCCAAGUCUUCAGGACGGCUCUUACGGCUCGUCUUACAUCCUGGCCUGGGUCAGCUUCCCCAUGACCCUCAUGAGCGGCGUCAUGUACCUGGUGCUCAGGAAGCGCAAAUAAGACGGGACGGGCCUGCACGCGGCGUCUCGACAAUAGUCAAAUGUAGAAAUAGGAACACUUGGACACAAAUACUUAAAAGACAUACAUUUCCUGAACCAACAUACCUUUACACGCUCUCUGUCUAACCCGUAGAUUUUCUUAUAGCAUUGGAGAUAAUGAAAUGUGCCAGAAAUGUCAGAUCCAUUUGAAUUUACUGUAAAGUCUCAGGUUCAGAGCCAGAUGUACUUCUGUCCACUUCACACACUCAAAUCCCCGAAUAGUCCCACACCCCCCUCCUCUCUGAUGCUGCGUUGUUCUCACAGGAUGUGGCAAAGAUGCAUCAGGACUCCCAGUGUGUGUAUAUAUACACUGAUCUGCCUUAUUAUCUGUAUAUCUCCUAACAAGUGCCUCAGAAGUUUGGCCGACAGUCGACAAACCUUCUGUCUUUGUUUCUGUGUCUUCAUGCACGACAGCCGCCACAACAUGUGCCUUUAAAACGUUGAAAUCAAGACAUAUUCACAUUGAUUUUUAAUGCAUUAAGCUGAGGUCAAAUCUGCUCGAUGGAAAUGCAACCACUCACUUACAUGUCCACACACAGAGUAGAUAUACACGUGUCCUGCUGAGAUUUUGGUCAGAAUUAGAGCUAUUUCUAGAUUUCUAGUUAAUUCUUUACACUCCACGUACCUGUAAUCAGGUAAAACCAUCGGGCUUCGGUCGGGUUUGGUCAUAAAAACAGAAAGACUGUCAGUUAGUCUUCUCUCGGGCUCCGUCGGGUUCGGGCAGGAAAUUGCGGCCCCAGCCACACUCCAGUGAGAACAUACCUUGACUUCCCUCUUCCCUCUUUCCCCUUCAGCCAAUACACACGAGAUGAGCUCUGUUCCAUCACGAUGAUUUGUCCCCCCUGUUGUCUCAUCGUCUCCUGGUUCCCUCUCACAUCAUUCUAUGUUUGAAAUGUCUGAUAAUGAGCAUAUAGAUUGAAGAAGAAGGAAAGUGGGGAUGUUUCCUCAAAGGGACACAACCCCUGGACUUUCCAAAGGGUCCAUGCUUUUUUUUCUCUUUGUGAAGCUAUAUAUAUAAGCUUUAUUUUGUACAUAAUAUGUUUUUGCUGUGUAUGUAUAGUUCAGGCAAUUGCCAAAAAUCUAUUUCUGAGACUGAACUGUAGUCUGCGUAUGUGUGUAUUCUCGAGUGUAGUGACGCAGUAGUGGAGGUAGGAUUUUAACCCUUUGUAUGUAAUCCUAUGUUACUGACUUGUAUUUUAUUGGUGACAGAGGAGCCGAUGAUGUUGCUGUGAUAUUUGGGAUUUAAAAUGACAAAAUAGAAAACGUGCAAACUUGAACCAAGUACGAACGUCUACUUGUUAUUAUCGUGCCUUUUGUUUCACAGCUCCACUUGAAGAGAGACAAACACUAUUUAUUGUUUAAAACCACUGUUUGAUUUUUAGCAUGUGACAGAGGACGUAUGAAGAUAGAACGUUUUCCCUCUCUGACCAAUCUACUGUUUGUUUUUCGGUCCAUUGCUUAAACAUCUCCAGCAUCAAUAUGGACGCUGUUCUCGUUAUUAUUUCUUGCUACGGUAUUUUUGCAGUAUAGAGAUAACGUUGGAUCCCACAGCGGUAACCUUGUAGCUGCUAUAGGACCAGAAUGAUAUCUAGGAAACAGACAAACAAACACAAAGGGUCAGUAGUGCACCGGGUUGUUGAAAGUUCCUGUUGGACGAGCUCUGGACCACGGAGCCUGGCAACAUACCAGCUCAACCAAAAGACGAAGAUUCAGGGAAGAGACACGGAAGUGAAGGAUUUGCUCUGCCAUCUCAAGAUGCUACUUGAAAUCGAUCAAAACAACAUCUUGGAGGCCGAGAUCAUGAUUUUCAUUGUUGUCCACUGCUUUUUCGUGUCAUCUUAAAAGUGUUAAACUAAAUCGUCAGCCUCCUGUUUGCAUGCAAAUCCCCUCUUUAACUUAUACUGAGAAGUAAGUUGCUGUUGUUCCAUAGGCUGAACAUUUUUUUGUGAAAUACAGUUUAUCGUAGAUGAUGUAAAGUUUGCAUCUAUUUAGCUUUGAUUUGAUUUCAUAACCGAUCUAAAUUAUGAAUAAACCGACAACUUGAGCCUAAAUUCUGUGCGUUCGCUGUUGCUGAUAUUCAACAGAAACCACAGCAAUCUGUCUUAAGAGGUUGAUUCGUUAGAGCUACUAUUGAUUUAGAAUUGGAAAUGUUGUAUGUGAUGGUUGUGAUACUUUUACUGUGGUGUGUUGAGUGUGUCAAUGUAGAUCAAUGCAGAUCUAUACCAAUAACUACAAGGGCCAUACUGACACAUAAUCACAUAACUUGUGGAAGUCAAAAUUACAUUCACGGGGAUUUGUUUUUUUUAAACUUAUGUUGCAGUUGAAUUAUUUCUAUUGAUUAAUGAAGUAUUGAUUAUCUAUUGAUCGAGUCUCGUGUUGUUUUAUGAUGGAGACGUGUUGGUCGACAGUUUUCCUCUUGGCAGCGGAUUAUUUUUGUCAGAUGUGACACAGGUUUAUUAAAGAAUGUUAAAUGUCAGUGAAUCUGCUUGUGACAGUCGCUCCCUCUAUCCCUCUUUCAUUCUAAUUCAAUCACUAUUUAUUGUGGCCUCUAUGGCAAGAUCAGUGCUUAGAUGCUGUUGACACCCAGUGGACCGACAGACAAACUACACCAUAUGUGUCGCUGCAGGCCACAGAAUAGACAGAAAAGAACAAACUUGUCUCUGCUCGGUGAAUAAACUGUCAACAGGUUCAGGGACAACGAUUAAAUCUCCUCUGCAAGAGUUGAGAGGUGCUUUUAUUUCCCCUCCUGUGUUUCCCCAUCCAGCAGUCGUAGAUCUCAAUAAAUGUGUUUUACAAUAAAUAAAAUGUCUUUUGUUCGUGCUGAA